CAUCUUCUCUGUUCAUCUUGUAUUGAAACUGAUCCAGCCAAGCAAAUUGUACAAAAGAGCUGACAAACACUUAACAUGGCUGUGGCCGGAUGUCCGGAUUAUUUCCUACAUCAUCCAAAUUAUCAGCAGGACAAUAUAGACCGGUCCUCCAAUCACCGACAAGCUGACCUCAUUGGUCCGAGCUUCCAGCAAUCAGCCAAUCGGAGUUCCCCUAACCAUCAAGACGAUGAUGUCGAUUUGGAGGCCCUGGUGAAUGAUAUGAACUCUUCGCUGGAGAGCCUGUACUCCACCUGCAGUGGUCAGCAGACAGAGUCAACCCCACUACUGCACAAUGGACAGACCUCUUCCUCACACCAACAGCACCAUCACAAUCACGUGCAACACAACCAGCCUCGGCAGGGUCAACACUCACUUGCUCUAAGCCACAUCUCCCCAGAGCCGCCCUCCUCUUCUUCGUCGUCUGCAGACUCCCCACAAUCCAGCCUCAGGCGGUCACAACCCAUGCACAUCCUCGCUGUCAGGAGGUUGCAGGAACAGGAGCAGCAGCUGAGGACGUCCUCUCUCCCUGCCAUCCCGAACCCCUUCCCCGAGCUCUGCAGUCCAACCAGCUCCCCAGAACUCAGCCCCGGCUCUCUACCUCCAGGAGAACCCUCCAUUGGCAUAUAUAUUGUGAAGAUCUUCAGUGAAGACGGCAUGGGUAAAGUGGUGGAGAUCCCAGCGGACAUGACAGCCAGGGACCUGUGCCAGCUCCUGGUUUAUAAAAGCCAUUGUGUGGACGACAACAGUUGGGCACUUGUUGAACACCACCCGCUGCUAGGACUAGAGCGCUGUCUAGAAGACCACGAGCUGGUGGUUCAGGUCCAGGCCUCUAUGAACAGCGACAGUAGAUUCCUCUUCAGGAAGAACUAUGCCAAAUAUGAAUUCUUCAGAAACCCCCUGACAUUUUUCCCUGAGCAAAUGGUUGCAUGGUGCCAGGAAACCAACCGUAUGAUUCCACCAUCUCAGCUCCUCCAGAACUUCCUAGCGACCAGUAGCUGUCCAGAGAUCCAGGGGUAUCUGUAUGUGAAGGAGGUGGGAAGGAAGUCGUGGAAGAAAGUUUACAUAUUCCUUCGGCGCUCGGGACUCUACUGCUCGACAAAAGGAACCUCAAAGGAGCCCAGACAUCUACAGUUUCUAGCAGACCUUGACGACAGUAACAUCUUCACUGUCAACACAGGCAGAAAGCAGCACGGAGCACCGUCAGACUACGGCUUCUGUAUCAGGCCCAAUAAAUGUCGAGGGGAGCUCAAGGAGUUGAGGAUGCUGUGUGCGGACGAUGAACAGGGCAGGACGUGUUGGAUGAUGGCCUUCCGGCUCUUUAAGUAUGGAAUUCUGUUGUACCAGAACUACAAGAUUCCCCAACAAAGGAAAACAUUACUUUCACACUUCUCGGCACCUGUGCGGAGUGUAUCGGAAAACUCCCUUGUGGCCAUGGAUUUCUCAGGGAGGAUAGGCAGGGUGAUUGACAACCCUGUAGAAGCUCAGAGCGCUGCCAUGGAGGAGGGACAUGCAUGGAGGAAGAGGAGUCAACGAAUGAACGUAUUAGGCUCCCACAGUCCUCUACACCACUCCUCACUAAGCUCAGUCAUCCACAUAGCUCAGUUGUGGUUCCACGGCAGAAUAACCAGAGAAGAAUCGCAUCGCAUUAUCCACCAGCAGGGACAAGUCGAUGGGUUGUUUCUGCUCAGAGUCAGUCAGAGUAAUCCCAAGGCGUUUGUGCUCACGUUGUGCCAUCACCAGAAAAUCAAACAUUUCCAGAUACUACCGUGUGAAGAGGACAGCCAAAUCUUCUUCAGCCUUGACGACGGCUCCACCAAAUUCACCGACCUGAUUCAGCUGGUGGAGUUCUACCAGCUCAACAGAGGAGUGCUGCCUUGUAAACUCAGACACCCGUGCACCUUCGUGGCCUUAUGACAUCGUCAGAUCACCUGACCCCGUCACUUGAUCUGACUCUGCCUAAAACAAACAAAACAAGAAGCUGGUGAAUUGACUGAUGUUCCGCAGUCAUUUUGUUCUGUUGUGAGUCCUCUGAAGACUGCUGAAUUGUUGGAAUCCUUUUGCAUGAAUGUUGGAGGAGUCGGACUGACAGAUUGCUCACAAGGUUCCUCGCUCGAGAAGAGAACAGAUAAAGGAAAUGAACACUGCCCUUGUGUGUCAAUGCUCUUGCAAAUUCUUCUAAAAUCUUGCUACCCAUAGUCAUCAAUAAGCUUGGACACACAGUGAACCUCAAUGUUUAUCUUCACAAAGUGUAGACUGUGUUUCCUUUCAACUGGACAAUCAGCAGGACCACUCUCUGUUCUCCGAGAACAGACUGUAAUCGCAUUCAAGUCUUCAUCACACGUCCUCAAAACAUAAACUGUUGAUGGAGAGUUGAUUUCUCUUUAGUUUUGCACUCAUGGAACUGGGAGUUGCCUUUGAUGGUGCAUGACUUCUCAGCUGUCUUAAGUGUGAGAUGGUGCCACCGCCCUCUAGUGUCAUAGGCAUGCAAGGACAUGUCAGAAUUCAACAUCGACGAUAUUUAGAAGCACCAGAAAGAGACACAGAAGUUUGUCAAAGUCAAACUAGCUGGAGGAAAAAUCUGGAACUGUUUAUUUGUGGACAACACAAAACCUGCAUCGCGGCCCUCACAGAAAUGCUCAUCUCUCAGCACACAGGGUUUAUUUUCUUAUUGAUGCAUUCGUUGUUUUGUAUUGCUAUCAAUAGUCUCUUUAAUAGUAUUUCUUUUUUAAUUACCCCUUUUGCAUUCUGGAUAUUUGCAACUUUUCAUUAUUUGCAUGCUCCAUUUCCCUAAAGUAUGUCCGAUGUAACUUCCACAAAAAUAGAAAAACAUUUAUCGAAGGGUGAAAAAACAAGUAAUAAAGUUAGAGGAUGUUUAUAACCAUGUAGACAGAUGUGUUGCGUGGAAGGUUGGAAAGUGAAUCAGUUAUUUAUUUGGUGGGAAAUGUGUAUGGAAGAGGCAUGGUGAGAGUAUCAAUAUGUUAUUCAAUUCUCCUGCAAAGGGGAGAAUAACCACUAGCAUUUCCCUCAGGUGUUUUUCAAGGAAACAAAAUAAUUACAUCAGAUCUGGUUUUUCCUGUCCUUGAUUCAAAUGUUGUCCCACAAAUGUACCUCCUGGGAGUUGUGAGAUAGAGUUAGAUAUACAUGGUUAAGUGUGACUGUUCAUUACAUUACAUGUAACGCGGCCUUGGUCUGCCUGGCAUUACCUGUGUGUACUGACACAUCACAUAUAAGCCUCUUGCCCUCAGCACGCCACCUCUUAAUGAAAUCAGGCAGAAUGUUUUAGAAAGUAAGCUAAAGGUUUGGGAAGAAUAUGUAAUAAGAGAAGCGUAUAGAAAAGAUAUCUGCCUCUCCCUAUUCAUCUCUUUCUUUCCUCAGCCUGUCUAACCUGGUGUCAUCACACUCUCAUCGGCAUGCUGUGAAAAUGGACCUCUGGUACAUGAUGUGUUUUUGGCAAAACUCUUACUGAGUUAGGUUGAGGAUGACAGGAGUAAAUAGCCUCAGUUAUUGGAAGUAUUUUUGAUGAUAUUCCUACUCAAAGUCUGUCACAAUUCGGUUCAUAGUUACUGUCUUUUAAAGUUGCACCACACACUUUUAAUCUCAAUCUGGGAUAUUUCUAGAAACUCACAUUUUAAUUUGUAUGUAGUCAAAACGUUGGUGUCAGCUGGGAUUUGGCCACCAGCCAGCAGACCGUUAGAUAUCCGUUUUUACGUACCUGUAGUGCAAACUCAACAGUCAUGAUUUAUUGACCUGCAGGUUAUCUCAAGGUUUAUUGUUCUUCUGUGAUGCAGAAUAGCCUCACCAUAUUGACUCUGUGCAUGGUCACCAUUAUUUAUCUAAGAUGCAAUGACUCAAUCAUUUUUUUAAAGUAUUGUUGCAGCAAAAUGUAUUUAUUUAUCUCCAUGUGACUGAUUACUUGAAAUUUUUAGAUGUAAUGAAAUAGGAUCUAUUGUUUUUUUGUUUUGGUUCAUUCAAAAACUAUUUUUUCAUCAUAAAUACUUGGUGUUUAAAAGCACACUGGCAUCCAUAGUUUAAACAUAAUUCCAAUAGAUGUCAAGUGGAAUGUUGUUAAACUGAAAAGUUUCCCAAAGCAUGAAAAAUAUUUCCUGCUUUUCUCAUUUCUCUCAGACCUUAAAAUAUCUUCUGUUAAAAUGUUUAACCCCUUUACUUUAAAAGGCCUCAAGUGCUCUCAUCGUCACUCGAUUGUGGUGACCUAAACUAGAACAAUAAUAAUUAUUUAAAGUAGUGAAGUCACAAAUAUUUUGGGAAACUAGGUCAAUCAACAUUCUCAUAAUGCACUGUUUAAACCACUUGCCUUGAAAAAAGAUUUGUAGAAAUUUAGAUUUAGAAAAAAAGCCCUUUACUUUCAAUUUAAACUUUCGAUUAGAUUAGAUAUAAUUAAAGAAAUGCAUAACAGCAGUCCCUACUCACAUAUGAGCGCAGUAAGGCAUAGUCACUAUUUUAAUCCCCUUAAAACUGCAAUGAACAGGAAGUGGAUAUUCCACACCGAUACAUCAAACCACACCAGAGCACCGCUGUCAACCUUCUUUCAGCAGAAUGAAGCAUCUUAAUCUGCUAGAUAGGUUUUAUCAUUUGCAUGAAUGUGGAUUUUGAGUUUUUUUUAUGUACAUAUAAUGUCACUGAUGUUUGAUUUGUUGAUAUUUUUUUAAGAAUCUGAACAACAUAAUAAUACAUAAAUAAUGAUGUAGUCUAAAAUCCCCUAAGAUUUUAUUCAGCCUGCCCAAUCAUCUUUAAAGUCCCAAUAUUUUAUUAUUGUUACUGAAUGACGUGAAUGGUAGCAGAUGUCAACCUGUGAGGGAAAGGUAGCCUUUAAGGGUGAGUGAGUAUUUGCAUAUCCACUUACUCUGAAUGAAAAAGACAGAAAGUAACUUCAAUUCGAACACGUAAAAAAAAAAGCUCCACGUUUUUAUACUUAACAGAAAUGAAUGUAACUGGGUUGCUCAGGGUUGACUUAGAGCGUGUUAAAACUACUGGUCCAUCAACUCUCUUGGACUGUUGUGUACAAGAUGAUGAGGGAUUUAUAAUUACCUUAGGUUUGGUAAACUCUGUGGUCACAACAUACUUUUCUUUCAUUAAAUGCACCACCAUUCUGCUAGUUGUGAAUACUUGAAAAAUAUCCUUGCAGAAAAUGGAGUAAAUCCAGUGCUAUUUAAAAAGGACACUUGACAGUGUUGUUCAUUUGAUUGUUUAGGCUGUUUAUAAAGGAAAGCGCCUACAACACUUGCCUGGUUACCUGAGCUGAUUUAAACCCUAUCUCUAACAUUUUUGACAAUUUAACCACAGUUAUCAUAUGGCAACAACAUCUAUUCAUUAAGAAAUCUUAAUAUUUCAAUUAAAUCAGGUGAAAUUAUAAUGUUAUCUGAUCGAUUUAAUCAUGCAAAAAAUGUAAAUACAAUUCCUAAUAGAAAAGGGCACAAUCAGUUCUGGUUACAAAUACACCCCCCUUAUGGUUUCAGUUUGUUUUUGGAGUUGGAAGUGAAUUAGCCCCGAUCCUGCAAAAGUGGAUUAAUCAAUUAUCAUCUCAACUCAUGCAUUUUCACUAUGUUGUCACAUUGCAAGAUACCGUGGCUGUACAAAUGAGUAAAGAAAAAAGAUAUCUAUAUAUGAAAAUAUAAACUAUUAUGUAUUUCAGGGAAUGCAAAAAAGAAAACAGUAACUUAUCUCGUUUUUUCAGAGAGAGCUCCUGUAUUCGAAAUGUGCUUUGCUUAAUUCUGUAAAUAGUUGAAUGGCUUAUACAUUUUAAUUGUAACCUUUUCAGGUAUUUUUGUACAAAUAAGGGACUGAUAUAUUCUGUUUAUUGUAAUUAGAAUAAAACAUUAAUACAUUGAUAUAAAAA